AUGAUGAUGUCGCGCCUCUUGCUUCAGCCCAUAAGGGCUGGUCAAAACCAGUCCAUUCGCCCCGCUGUCACGUCUGCCUUCGGCGUGGCUCCCGCAUGGUCUUCGUCCCGUUGGUACUCCUCAACCGAAGGUGCAAAGAAGGACGAGAGCAAGGGCAACCAGAGCGACCAGCAGGAUCCUGCUCUACCUUACACCCACCGGGGUUCGGCCAUCAACUUCAACUGGGCCCGUGAAGCCGACAAGGCGCGUAGAAACGGCCCUACCUUGUCUGAAGAGAACUGGGAGGACCAUGCCAACGCUAAGAUCGAGGAAUUCGAGGAGCUCCCUUACAAGGAGUUUGGCAUUAACCAGCACAUGGAAGUCAACGCCGAGUUCAAGAAGGUUUUGACUGAGGUUGUCCGGGAGUUCCGCGCACCCAUCAUGUACGCUAUGGCCUACGGGUCCGGCGUAUUCCCUCAGUCUAAAGUCAGUCGAAGUGUCAGCGACGAAGAGUUCCGCGCCGUUCAUCCGAAGCCAUCGCCUGCGCUGAUGGAGGUUCAGAAGGGCGGGCCCAAAAUGAUUGAUUUCAUCUUCGGCGUGACGCACACUCAGCACUGGCACUCGCUCAACAUACGCCAACAUCGCGACCACUACUCUGGUCUUGCCAGUUUCGGUUCAGGCCUCGUCUCUACUUUCCAAGACCGUUGGGGCGCUGGUGUCUACUUCAACCCCUAUGUCACGAAGAAGGGCAUGCUUAUCAAGUAUGGCGUCACCUCCAUUGACAACCUCUGCACCGACUUGUCCACUUGGAACAACCUUUAUCUCGCUGGACGACUCCAGAAGCCGGUUAAGAUCCUGCGCGAUCAUCCUCGAGUCCGCCUCGCGAACCAAGUCAACCUCAUCUCCGCAGUCCGAACUGCCCUUCUGCUACUGCCUCCAAAGUUCACCGAGAAAGAGCUCUACUCGACCAUUGCUCGCAUCUCGUACCUCGGUGACCCCCGCAUGUCUCUCCCUACCGAAAACAAGAGCAAGAUCUCCAACAUCGUCGACAACAACAUGGUCUCUUUCCGCAAACUCUACGGCCCUCUAUUGAACACUCUUCCGAAUGUCGACUUUGCUGAGGGAGCUGACCAACAGACCAAGCACGCGUCUGACCCUGAGUAUGAUGCCUCCAUGCACCAAGAUAUGGACCCCGUCAAGCGCGGCAACAUGGUCCGCCGUCUGCCCAAGUCCUUCCGUUCACGUCUGUAUUUCCAAUACCAGAAGAAAUUCAUGGUUCCGGCUGCCGAAUUCAAGGCCAUGAUUGAAGCGUCGAAAGAAGAAGACGAUGUGAGCUUUAAGCGCCGCGAGGGUGGCGGUUUCGAGCGGCGAAUCGUACAGGACGACCCUGAGGAGCUCCAGCACUAUAUCCGUCAGGUCAUCAAGCAGACGGUCAACUGGCCUGCCACUGCACAAUCAGUCAAGAGCUUCUUCACUGCUGGUGUCCGCCGCUCCAUUCGCUAUCUGUCUGAAAAGUGGGCCAAGUACAACGAGGGUAAGGCCAAGGACAAGGCCAAGGCCAAGACCGAUGAGCAGAAGAAGACGGAGUAG